AUUCGAGACUCACUCCUUUCUCUGGCCCGUCAGAAGUAUAACGACGUAUCGAACGUCAAUCCUCCAUACAUGCUCAAACGGCAAAUGAACUUUGGUCGCACAUUAUGCGCUUCACCAACGGUCAUCCAGCUGGCCGUACUACAAACGCUUACGAUGCCUGGCCCUUUGUUGAACUUGUAUCGGUCGGCGGUCCGUUUGCUGUUCUCGAGAGGAAUAUCAUCCUAGCCGAUACUCCAGGUCUGGACGAUAUCAACCUCCUUGCUGAGAGCAGUGUACUGAGUCAUCUACCGCGAUACACAAUCGUGAUCAUCGCUCGUAAAAUUGACUGCAUCUUGUCUACUCGUAGCCUUCAAAAGAUGAUCAGGGCAAGGUGUGGCUGUCCUGUGGCCGUAGUGGCUACGUGUUCGGAGGUCGAAGAUCCUUCUAGCGUCGACAAGAACGAGCUUGAGCAAACUGAAGAAGUCCGACGGCUUAAUGCGCAACUUAAACAGUGUGAAAGCGAACUCCUGUGCUAUGCAGCGACCUCUGGGCACAGACCGUUAAUACAGCUAAAGAAACGUCUCGUUCAAUCUCUCAAGGCACAAUCUUUGUUGACUAACGUAACCAACAAAACUCGAAUAAGAUCUUGUCACGGACGAUCUCACCUAAAGAUGUGUUCUGCGUCUCCACACACGAUCAUCAGCGCAACGUCAGUGGAUACGCGUUUGAUGGCUUCGCCUCGUUCCCACUCACUCCGGAACGGUCACAAAUAUUUGCACUGGAGAAAUAUAUUGUUUCGCUCUGUGCGCCGAUUCGGACUAAGGAACUUGUUCGACAUGUAGCGUUCACGUUACGAAAUCUCAUACACAACGUAGAAACGAGGUAUGAUGAGCGUAUCACUGCAGUCGAAACAACAAUUGAGGGUGGGAUUGGUGCACUACGCGAUUCAUG